CCUAACCUAUAACCUAUGUUAAAAGUCUGACAGCAGCCAAACUGACAUCGUUUGCAGCAGUUGUAGUAGGGGAAAGAAGGCGGUCAACAUGGCCAAAAUACUCACUGGUGAUGUUGAUGUGGACGCUAAAGUUGAAGAAUGGAUGGACUGGGACAAAAAUGAGACAACACGGGAGGAGAUACUGAAGUUAGCUAAAGAUGGCGAGGUGGAGUCUCUAAAGCAGCGGCUUCUUCAUCGCAUGGAGUUUGGAACAGCCGGUUUAAGAGCAAGGAUGGGGGCAGGCUACAGCAUGAUGAAUGACCUGACUAUCAUACAGACAACACAGGGUUUGUGUAAACAUCUUCUCCAGUCCUGCCCAACAGCUUGUACAGAUGGUGUUGUUAUUGGUUACGAUGGACGCCACAACAGUGACAGGUUUGCCAAGUUGGCUACUGCUGUGUUUAUCAAUAAGAAUGUUCCAGUUUACCUGUUUUCCAGAAUGUGUCCCACCCCAUAUGUUGCCUAUGGUGUUUUGAUGUGUAAGGCAGCCUGUGGGAUCAUGGUGACAGCCUCGCAUAAUCCAAAGGAGGACAAUGGUUACAAAGUGUACUGGGGAAACGGAUCUCAGAUCAUCAGUCCACAUGAUAAGGGUAUAGCCAGCUGUAUAUUGGAAAGCCUGGAACCGCUUCAAUCAUCCUGGCAAAUCACUGGCCUCGAGUCCAGCCCACUGGUCAAGGACCCGUACUCAGAUGUCUACAAGAAAUACAAUGAGGACUUGUCAAAACUUGUUCAAUUUGAUGAUGCUACGCCUACACUUGAGUUCACCUACACUGCUAUGCAUGGAGUGGGCUACCCUUUCAUUCAGGAGGCCUGUCGCUCCCUUGGUCACCUUAAAGUCAUUCCCGUGCUGGAACAGGUAGAAGCUGAUCCCGAUUUUCCAACUGUCAAGUACCCCAACCCUGAAGAAGGCAAGGGCGCCCUGAAACUAGCUAUGGCGACAGCAGAUGCCCACAACUGUCCCCUGAUUCUUGCCAACGAUCCUGAUGCUGACCGACUGGCUGUGGCUGUAAAACGUUCAAGUGGUGACUGGCACAUAUUUUCUGGUAAUGAGUUGGGGGCCCUGUUUGGCUGGUGGAGCUGGACCCACUACAGACAGAAGCAUCCAGAUACUCCUGCUAAGGAUAUUUACAUGCUGGCAAGUACAGUAUCUUCUAAAAUUCUCGGAAGCAUUGCCAGUAAGGAAGGCUUUCACUUUGUGGAAACGUUGACAGGGUUUAAAUGGAUGGGAAACAAAGCCCAUGACCUUCUACAGGAGGGAAAGACAGUGCUGUUUGCCUUUGAGGAAGCUAUAGGAUUCAUGUGUGGAUCAUCUGUGCUGGACAAAGAUGGAGUCAGUGCAGCUGUGGUGAUGGGACAAAUGGUGCUGUACCUCCAAAGUCAAGGCCUUACCCUGUACGACCAGCUCACCAAUAUAUACCAGAAAUAUGGAUUCCAUCUUUCGAGCAAUUCUUACUAUAUAUGUCACGAUACUCCAACAAUAGAGAAGAUGUUUGUUGAGAUAAGAAAAUAUAAUGGUACAGGAAAGUACCCUGAAAGUUGUGGACAGUACAAGAUCAAAUAUAUUCGGGAUCUUACUGUAGGCCAUGACAACAGCCAAUCUGAUGGAAAACCGCUGCUUCCUGUGAGUAAGUCUAGUCAGAUGAUAACCUUCACCUUUGAGAAUGGCUGUGUGGCCACUCUUCGCACUAGUGGAACUGAGCCGAAAAUCAAAUAUUACACGGAGCACCGCCCUGAUCCAAACUCCGGGAUGGACCGUGAAAGUGCCGAGAAGGAACUUGAGGAUAUGGUGCAGUGUAUUAUCAAAUAUUUCUAUCAGCCAGAAAAGUUUGGCUUUAUUGCACGCACAAGCUAAGACAGUUUGUUGUAGUAUGCAAAGCUGGAAAUAAUUUUGGCAUUCCAAUGAUUUGUUAUCACAGACGAUCAAAUUGACUUCCUGUUAAAACAUACUGUAUUUAAACUCCAAAACUGCCUUUGCUCCAUGCUUUGUUUAUGUCAAAAUGAAUUUUAUCAUUUCUAGAAUAGGGCUAAAUACUUACUUACACAUACUGGUAUUUCUACUGUAUGGCUCAAUAUUUAAAUGUAUUUACUGUUAAAUAUUUACAUAUUUUUUUUGUUAUAUGAUUACAUAUUUACACAUGAAUCCAUUUGGUAAAAUAGUUAUUUUUUAUCAUUACAGGUAUUUAUAAAUUACCUGUUCACUGUUACAGUUUAAUAUUUAUUGGUAUAUACAAAUGAUUAAAUAGUGUAUCUGUAUGUUUGAAUGGUGAAAGGGUUACUAGACUUGUUAGUAAAUACUAGUAGUAUUUGGUCAGUUAGAUUUUAACGUGGAAAAAGAAGAUGCAUUGGAUUAUAAAUAAAGACCAGCAUUUCUUUAUAUACAGAUUUUUAGUUGCAUAAUUAUUUGAACAUUACAAAAAUAUGAUAGAAAAAGGAGCAAGAUUUCUUGAUACAUAAAACUAAUGUCUUUUAAGGAGGAUAUUUUUAAAUAUGAAAAAGAGAAAACUGCUGGCUUGUGUCAGAUUUGAGUUUAAUGUAUAGCCCAAGUAUAUUAUUUAGAAUCUCAUUAACGCUGUAUUACCGAGGAUUUAGCACUCGCCAUCCAUUAAUAAUCAAUGAUUAACUCUAUCCGGUGUCAAACGUCGCUACAGAUAUGUACACCUAUAUAAAAGUUUGGUUAUGUACAUCACAUAGAGUAUACAGGGAGAAUGUUACCUCUAUAAUACGUUUUCUGUUCCUGGUCCAUCCCAUGUUCAUCGGGUCUGUUUUUAAAUGCAUUUAAAUGCUGAAAUCACAUCCUUUGGAAGACUUUUCCAUAACUUUUCUACUUGUAGGGAAAAAAGUUUUUCCUUAUUUCAAUGUUUCAAUUAUGCAUGUUAACUUAUUUUAUCAAAUUGUGUAAUAAAACAAUGUAAAUUGUUACAUACAACUUUUUCCUUAUGCACUGUUCUUUUGUUUGGUAUCGGUGCUAUUUUCUGGAUUUUAAAUCAUAAUUUUACGGCAAAGUUUUUAAUUGAAAAUAAAAUCUUUAUAUUAUGAUUCAAAUUGCAUUAGAUGUGUGAGUCAUUGGCUUUGUCCGUUAUCCUUGUUUACACUCGUAGCAAAAUAGGAAUAAUAUACAUUUUUCAAAUUACAGAAACAAAUUGUAUGAUUUUGGCGGAGAUUUAGGUCUGUGCCUAUUGUUAUCCAAGAUUUAAUCGCAGUCAUGUUUAUUACAAGUAUUUGUAUUUCAAUUACAAUAUAUAUUUAGCCUCCUUUUGUAAAGGCUUGCAAUGGGCAUUUCAGUAUCUAGUCCCCCAGUAGAUGCUUGUCUCUGUUGGGGUUUUAACUCAUUCGUCUUAGACAAGAAAACCUGCUAUUGAGUAUAAGCAAUUAUAAUUGUGCUGAGCUUCUGAUUUUAAAAUAAAUAUAUACCUUACAAGACGGUGUCCUGGUUAGAUCAUCCUUUAUCAAAUUAUUUCAAGUAAUAUACAUUUCAUUUUUAAAGCGAUUAAUUAUUGAUCAUUGUACAGUAAUUUAUUAAAGGUAUUUCAGGAAGGUAAACUAUGUUUUUAAACACCAGAAAUACAUACGUGUGCAUUUUGAGCAUGCAAAAACAAUGUGCUAUAUUUUAAUACUAAGGGAAAAAAGAGCAUUCACGGUAAUUAAUCUUUUUAUGGAGUUUGAAGUUAAUCUAUUAAAAAAUUACUAGAGAUAUUCAGCAAUUGACUAAAGGGGCAUUACUAAGUAAAUAAAUUACUGUUGGAUAAUUAUGGUUAUCGAACUUGUCCGGAGCUUACUGCCUGUGAAGCUUGAAGUUAAUUAUCCAUUGAAAAUUACUCCAGCCAUCGAGCGGACACUGUUUCAGCAAUUGAUCAAAGGGACAUAACGCAGUCACUUACUGUUGGAUGAUGAUGGUUAUCGAACUUGUCAGAGCUUACUUGAGUGCUUAUAUUUUUCUUCUUUCAAAAAUAAAAUAAAAAAAUCUUCGGUUGAUUUAAUGAAAAAAAUAAUUCCAUUCUUCAUCAGUAUUGACAAAUUUCUUUAUUGCAAUGAAAAUAUGUUUUUAAAAAGGUGAUAUCAAUGAUUGUUUCAAGGAGUUCAGUCUUUCAGUACUGGGUUUUCAUGUUGAUAUAGUUUCGUUGAUACGGCCACAACCAAUCAGAUUUUCCUGCUGUUUGGGAACAAAUUUGCAUUCCAUACAAAUAAUGAACAAACCGUAUUAACAAAUGUAUUAAAGCCAGCUACAUUUUACUGGGAACGAAUACAGAGCUUGCUUAUCAAUGCUCCAUUUUUCAUAGAAUAUAAUUUGACCCGAUACCAGAUACUGUUCACUUCUGUGUUAGACCGUCUGCUGCUUAAUUCAUUCACCCCUGAAAUUUCAUAAUAACUAUUUCCAACCUUUUAAUUGGAAAAGUUCAAAUGUGUCUUAAGGGGUGAAUGAGUUAACUUUUGGACUUCUAACCAACGUUUUUUAAUGUGCAGAACCUCUCCGACCAUCCGUUGGCUUGCUUUUUUAUAUUCGUUGCAUCGGUGAUAUUAUAUGGCAGCUGGAAUGUUACGUCUUUUAAGUUUGCGCUAAUUUAAUAGUUACUUACAUCCUUUACCCUUUUUUUACGACUGGAGUGUUUCAUAUUUAGUGAUAAAUACUUGGAAUGUUAAACAGAAAUCCUUUCACUACUUAACAUUGUAGAGUGACAGAGUAGGGAACCUAGGUUAUUUUCGUGUUAGUGUUAUUUCAACUGAGCCAUAAAUCUGUGAAUUUAACAUGAUGGCGAACUCUACACACCAAAAUAUCAAAAAGCUGUAGAUUUAACAAGAUAACAUGCCAACGUACGCAUAUGUUGUAUACAAUGUUUGAUUUUUUUUAUCAACAUUUUAUUAGAUGUUAUUCAUUGUGAUUUUUUUUGCUUGCUAUAAAUGAGACUUGAUGGAUAUUAAAUUGUGUGCUGGUUUCAUUACGUCACUCAGUGUCAUCUCUAUUCAGCGUUUAUAAUACUAUAUACACGUGCAUAUUGUAAUAAAUUGUUUUAAAAAGUU